AUGGAGAAAGGGGCUUUGUGGACCAGGCUUGCCUCCCUCGGCCAGCUCCGCUGGCAGCCGGCCCCAUCGCAGAAGGACACUUUUGGUGACCUCUGCUCCCUGUUAUGCACCACUGCCAGGCUGGAGGAGAAGCUCGCCCAUGUCGAGAAGUAUGAGACGGUGAUGCCGCACAAGGUGCCAGCACCUCGGGGGAAGAGGGACCUCUCUGCACCACCGAGCAUCUACCCAGACCGCAUCCUCUACAGUGUCCGUGCUGAAGGCAGGGACUACUUCCUGUGGCUGGAGAAGAACAAGGAGCUGCUGGGGCAGCAUUACAUCGAGACGCACUACUCGGCUGAUGGCACAGAGAUCACGGAGAAGCCAGACAUUCAGGAUCACUGCUUUUAUCAGGGCCAUGUGCAAGGAUACGCUGACUCAGCAGUGAGCAUCAGCACCUGCGGCGGGCUCAGUGGGUUUUUCCGAGUGAAUGAGACCACCUUCCUGCUGGAGCCCCUGGAGGAGGAUGCAGCCGGCCGGCACGCAGUGUACAGAGCAGCUCACCUGCGGGGGAAGCGUGGCACAUGCGGAGAGUCUGGUGCCACCCUGGAAUAUGACCACGAACUGAAAAUUCCUGCAGCCAUGAAGCUCUAUCGCUGGAAAUCAGCUCCGUUACACAAAGGUCCCCGAUAUGUGGAGCUGGUCCUGGUCGUGGACAACAAGGAGUUCAGGAAACACAGGGACUUGCGCACAGUGCAGAACCGCAUGAAGGAAAUUGUGAACCAUGUUGACAAGCUUUAUCAGCCUCUUCGCCUGCGGGUGGCCUUGAUUGGCUUGGAAGUAUGGAGCCACAAGGACAAAAUCGUGGUCAGUCCCAACCCGGAGGUGACGCUGGACAACUUCCUCCACUGGCGGGAGGCAGAGCUGCUGCGGAGGAAGCCACACGACAAUGCCCAGCUGAUCACGGGCAUAGACUUCCACGGCACGACCGUAGGGCUCGCCAAGAAGCUUGUGAUGUGCACCAGGGACUCGGGCGGUGUGAACCAGGACCACAGCACGAAUCCUAUCGGCGCUGCAUCCACCAUGGCUCACGAGAUGGGGCACAACCUGGGGAUGUCUCAUGAUGAAGACAUUGCUGGCUGCCGCUGUCCUGUCCCCAAAGCUGAUGGAGGAUGUGUCAUGGCGGCGAGUGUUGGCUUGGUUUACCCCAAGCUCUUCAGCCGUUGCAGCGAGCAGGACAUGUGGCAGUUCCUCGGGGACCCCAGGACCAGCUGCCUGCUGAACAUCCCCAGGGCGGAUGAGCUGUACGGGGGGCCGGUGUGCGGGAACCAGUUUGUAGAGCGGGGAGAGCAGUGCGACUGUGGCACGCUGGAGGAGUGCUCCGACCGCUGCUGUAACGCCACCACUUGCCAGCUGAGAGAGGGAGCCGAGUGCUCCCAGGGGGACUGCUGCCAGGACUGCAAGUUAAAGGCUGCUGGUGCGCUCUGCCGGCCCAGCAAGAACGACUGCGACCUGCCCGAGCACUGCACUGGCCUCAGUGCCGAGUGCCCAGAGGAUGUCUUCCAGGAGAAUGGCAUCUCCUGCCAGAAUGGCAACGGCUACUGCUACAAUGGGGCCUGCCCCUCACACGGCGAGCAGUGCCGCACGCUCUGGGGCACAGAGGCCCAGGUGGCUCCUGAUGUCUGCUUUAAGCACAACAGUGAGCAACACCUUCACCUCCACUGCCUCACCGAGUAUGGAAAGCAGCCCUGCAGCCCCAAGGAUGUGAAGUGCGGCACGCUGCUGUGCCUGAGCGACAACACAAGCCCUGUCCUCGGCGGCGGCUCCUACUCCCUCUUCUUUGGCCGCUUCAAGUGCAAGGCAGUCAUUGCCAGCAGCGACGCCAAUGAGGUGGUGGCCAAGCUCAGGCUGGUGCCCACUGGUGCCAAGUGCGGAGAGGAAAUGGUCUGCUACGCUGGGCGCUGCCAGAACCUCCUGGUCUACGGCAACAAGAACUGCUCGGCCAAGUGCAACAACCAUGGGGUGUGCAACCACAAGCGCGAGUGUCACUGUGAGCCAGGCUGGGCAGCGCCCUACUGUGAGCAGAAGAUUUCAGGGGUGGCGGCAGGGAGCAGCAGCGUGGUCUUGGCGACUAUGCUGGCUGUGCUGGCGCUCUCCGGCAUCCUGCUCGGCAGUGGUGUUGUGCUCCUCAGAGGCAGGGGGACAAGGCACUUCCAGAAAGGGAGGACCUCCAGUGGGCCUGCUGCUGGCCUCGCCAACCCACUCUUCCAGGAGGGUGGCCGGACGCGACUCCCCCGCCGCCAGCUGUCCCGUCACGACAUCGGCCACCCAAACCUGCUCAGCAGCACAGCGGCCCCGCGGGAUGCCUGGGCCCUCGGGCCCUGCCGCCCAGCCCCGCAGGCAAAGCCGAAGCCACCCAGCAAGCCUCUCCCAGCACUGAAGAGCAAAGCGCCGUGCCAUGGCGAGGGGCCACCAGGACCAGCCCUCCCUCACCCCCCACCAACACCCCCCUCAGUCUUUCAGCGGGGCGUCCCCCCAAAGGUGGCCCUGAAGCUACCCCUGGCCAGGAGGUGA